AUCUCUAAACUUCAAAUUGGAAUGGUAGUUAAAGACAAGCAAGUAAGCAAAGCAUGGAUGUUUAUCCUCUACGCAUCAAUUACUAACUUCGAAACCUGAUAAAAUUUUGAUAUAAACUGCUGUGAAUUUGAUCUACUUCAACGAACUGGCAUGCUAAAGAACUUGGUUCACUUCAGAGUUUGAUUUGAAGUAGGAAGCAGAGUCAUAAGUCAUAACAUGGGCUCAGCUACAGAAUACCAGCCUCUGCUUCUUGGACUUGAUUCUCAUUCUCAGAUUCCGGAUUUGACGUCCAGUGUUAUUGAAGAGUUCUUGGAGCAUAGGCCGAUUCCUAUCCGGUGGUAUCCUAAGCUAUUUGCCUGGGAAUCAAGGCUACUUUGGCUGCUUUCUGGAGCUUCGAUUAUAGUUUAUGUUUUCAAUUACAUGCUUAGUUUUGUGACACUCUCGUUCACAGGCCACUUGGGUGCACUCGAGCUGGCCGGGGCAUCCAUUGCUUGUGUAGGAAUUCAAGGCCUUGCUUAUGGAAUCAUGUUGGGCAUGGCAAGUGCAGUUCAAACAGUUUGUGGUCAAGCUUAUGGAGCAAGACAAUAUGGAGCAAUGGGGAUCAUUUGCCAGAGGGCCAUUGUCUUACAUGUUGGAGCAGCUGUUAUCCUCACGUUCCUAUAUCUAUACUCCGGCUCAUUCCUCAAAUCAAUUGGUCAAUCAGAUAGCAUAGCCGAACAAGGCCAAAUUUUUGCAAGAGGACUGAUCCCUCAACUUUAUGCGUUUGCAAUUAGUUGUCCCCAGCAAAGGUUUCUCCAGGCUCAGAACAUUGUGAACCCUCUAGCCUAUAUCGCUGUUGGCGUGUUCCUCCUGCACAUUUUGCUGACUUGGCUGGCCGUUUAUGUCCUAAAUUAUGGGAUCCUGGGAGCUGCUCUGACACUUAGUUUGACAUGGUGGUUGCUGGUAAUUUUGCAAGGACUUUACAUUCUUUUCAGUCCAUCCUGCAGAGAGUCUUGGACAGGUUUGUCGAUAAGGGCUUUUAAAGGCAUCUGGCCUUAUUUCAAGUUAACCGCUGCAUCUGCUGUCAUGUUAUGCUUGGAGAUAUGGUACUUCCAAGGUCUUGUUCUCAUAUCAGGUCUCCUUUCCAAUCCUACAAUCGCGCUGGACUCCAUUUCAAUUUGCAUGAACUAUUUGAAUUGGGAUAUGCAAUUUAUGUUGGGGCUAGCUGCUGCUGCCAGUAUUCGAGUAAGUAAUGAACUUGGAGCAGGUCAUCCAAUGGUUGCAAAAUUCUCAGUCGUCGUGGUAACCACAACCAGCAUUCUGAUAAGUAUAGUUUUUACGGCAAUUGUGCUGAUAUUUCGGGUUGGAUUAAGUGAGCUCUUCACAAGUGACUCUCAAGUCAUUCAGGCUGUCUCAAAUUUGACACCAUUGCUGGCUAUCUCUGUUUUCACAAAUGGCAUUCAACCUAUACUUUCUGGAGUGGCAAUUGGGAGUGGAUGGCAAGCUGCUGUGGCCUAUGUCAAUUUGGCUACUUACUACAUCAUUGGCCUCCCAAUUGGCUGCGUUCUUGGCUUCAAAACCUCUUUGGGAGUGGCUGGGAUAUGGUGGGGAAUGAUUAUAGGAGUUUUCCUGCAAUCGUUGGCACUAUUUAUACUAACCGUGAGAACAAACUGGAACUCUGAGGUUGCCAAAGCUGCCGUUCGCUUAAAGGAUUCUGCAAAUGAAGAGGGACGUGAUAAUUCUGAUGGCAUUUGAGAAUGUAUUGUCGAAUUGAAUAUUAUCUCUUUGCAGCGUAGGAAAGUUAUUUGUCCUUCUUGAAACUGCCACGGGUACCCCAGCUUCUUGUUUGUCUUUGAAAUGUAUGCAAGUUGUUGAGGCGCUCAUUUUUCUGGCAAAAUGUUCAAUGGAUUUUGCUUCCUAGAGAAAUUAGCAGAAGAAUACUAUGAAGUUUUUGGAUUUGCUCAA